UACCUUUCACAGAACUGUACUUACAAUAUUGAAUCUGUCUCAAUUUAUAUGCUGUCAAGGUUUAUCCAAAUAAAAUAGCUUUUAGGAAGGAACUUCAACUCAGGAGGAAGAUGAAAGAUAGUGUUGCUGAAGAACAUUUAUAUUUGGGUUUUUCUCAUAAGUACAGAGAUAGUAUCUUUCCUCUUCAUACAUCUAUUUCACUGUUUUUGCUAUCCUACUGUGACUGCAAAUUAUUCAAAAUUUUCUUAGUGCCGACUGGUGAAGAUGUGGAUGAUCAGUUUGUGACGAAAAACCUCCUUGGCGAUCUUGAGGUCCAUUUAAUCUCCAGAUGCCAGCUUCCAGUGGUAGUGCAGAGCUGCUGUUUACCUGCUGUUGUUGUGAAAGAUGGCAAGUUCUGCCGAGCUGGGCUUUCUGUUGUCUUAAGGCAUAUAAUACAGAAAACGUAUGAGGCAGAUCCAUCUAAGAAGCAUGUUUUGGAACUCUUAGGCUUUAAGAAGACCUGCCUAAAAGCCUGUGCUGAAGUUAGCCAAUGGACCAGACUUUGUGAGAUCAGCAUACCUCUGGCUGUGGAAGGAUUUUUGAUGGCAUCUCCUGAGCACUGUCAGACUAUUCCUCCUGACAUUUUACAGCUUGAAAGGAAGCUUGGAGAACCUGUCCGAGUACAUAACGAUGACAAAAUUCGAAGGCAGAAACUUCAACAGCAGAAGGCAGGUGCCAAGGCUGCAGUGCCUGUACAUGGUAAAGAAGCAACAGAGGAAGGCAAAACAGUGGAAAUGCAUGAACAUCCACUCCCAAGUUUGGAACUGAGCAUAGCUUUCUCCAAACUACGUGCCCAGGAAGUAUCAGAUGCAGUCAACAGGGAGGCUGCUCAAAUCAGGAGAACAAAAACCUCUGACCUUCCACUUUUGGACCAUGUUUUUGCAGAAGGGCUUUAUUUUACCUUGGCAGAUAUAGUGCUUUUGCCAUGCAUCCACCAGUUCUUGGCUUCCAGCAAAAACCAAGGCAAAAAUCUGGUAAAUUUACCUCUGAUAUCCAGUUGGUAUCGAAGAGUUCAAGAUGUACCUGGAGUAAAGCAAGCUGCUGGCAAAUGCAAUAUGGUGCUUCUCCAGCUUCCAGAGUUGGCGUCUGCUCCAGAGGAACAGCUACAAGACUUCUCUUCAGUUCCAGAUGGAUUAGAAGAGGAGAAUGAAGACAGUCAUUUAAUAGGUGGUCCGAGGCCAACUAUGACGAAAUUAAUGGAAAAUGGUAUUGAAGCCAAGUUUUCUCCUCAUCCAUGCCCCAGCUGGACCCUAGACUGGACUAAUCUACCAUCUGCAGUCAAUCCUGGAGAAGGAAAGAUGUCUAGAGACCGGGCUCUGAGGAAGCAGCAGCAAUUGAAUAAUUUGGUAGCAGCGGUGACAAAGCUUGCUAAGCCUGGAGAUGUGAUUGUGGAUUUUUGCAGUGGAGGGGGCCAUGUUGGAAUUGUUCUUGCUCAUAUGAUGCCAUCAUGUCAGGUGGUGCUCAUAGAAAAUAAGGAGUUGUCUCUGAUCCGUGCUAAAGACAGAAGUGAUGAACUAGGUUUAAACAACAUUUGGUUCAUUCAAGCAAAUUUGGACUAUUUUCAUGGGACUUUUAACAUUGGGGUGGCUCUGCAUGCAUGUGGUGUGGCAACAGACAUGGUGAUUGAACACUGCAUCAAGUCUCGGGCAGCCUUUGUCAUUUCUCCUUGUUGUUACGGCUUCAUUCAAAACACAGUGAAGUUUAAAUAUCCACGAAGUCAUCAGUUCAAAGAAAUUUUGUCCUACAAGGAGCACAUGAUCCUUUGCAGAUUUGCAGAUCAGACAGCUGUUCAGCUUCCACCUGAACGCAGGCUAAUUGGAAAGCAUUGUAUGGGGCUUGUGGAUCUGGAUCGGGCAUGGGCUGCGGAAGAACGUAACUACUCUGUCCAAGUUAUAUCUAUGGAGCCAGAGAGUUGUUCUCCAAAGAACAAUAUGUUUGUAGGCAUCCCUACUUAGAAUGUGAAACUUGCAUUUGAUUUGAAGCUGAACAUAAAUCUUCAGUGCAUAAUGACAUCCAUGAGAUAGAAGCAUAGCUGGGAACUCAUCUUGAACCCAUUGUGCUUGGAAAAAGAAGCAGCACAAAAAGUCUUAGAAAGUAAACUGCAUGCAAAGCAUCAACAAAUUGUACUUGUGUCAUUAACUUUUGGUUCUCUUACUGAGAAGUUCCUGGAUCUAACAACUGUGUGUGGCAUAUAUCCAUCUGUAAAGGUUUAGAAAAAAGUUGGUCUCAUUGAUUUCCUUUUUAGUAAAACUGCCUUGGCUGCUUCAAAAUUGCAUUCAUGGUCAAAACUGUAUUUGUGUUCAUAAGCAGAGCAGUUGUCAGCCAAUAAUGCAGAUCACUCGAGGAAUAGAAAAGAUCAAAUUUAUGGUGUUAGUGAAGAAGGCUGUGUGACAGGCUUGAAUUCACUAAAGAAUUCUGUACUACUGUAGGAAGAUCAUUUUUAAUAAAAGUUCAUCAGAAUA